UGUUGUGUGACGCAAGUACUCCCAGUCAACACAGGAGGCCCCACCCUUUGUGUUACCAACCGCCCGUCAAUCAAAAAUACAAAAUAAUCCUGACACUUAUCAUCUAUUUCCACGCGUGUACAAUCAAUUCAAUGCGCUGAACAUGUCCGGUGGCUUGUGACCAUCAGGACUCUCCGUUUCCCGCCAUGACUGCCCCAGAACAGCCCAUGAAACCAGUGGAUAUGGCUGCCUUGGACGUGGACAGCAGUCAAAGCGGCUUCCUGCAGCAGCAGGAGGAGGGCCGGGGCAAUCAGGACACUCAGCCAUCUCCCCUCGACCUGCUAGCAACCACCUGCACUAAGGUUGGGUCACCGUCGUCAGAGGUGGACAGAGGUGCUGCCGCUGAUGUGACAUCAGAUCCGUCUGCGCACCUUACUGGGACUGAUAAAUGGGAGGUGUUAACCCCCACAUCAGCAAAGGAUGAGUCUGGAAUGAUACACAUCCAAAGUCAAGGAAUAUUAACAUCAAAUGGACAGUAUGUUCUUCCUCUCCAGAACUUACAGAGUCAGCCAAUCUUUGUGACGUCGGGAACGGACGCUUCCUCCGCCAACUCAGUGCCUAACAUUCAGUACCAAGUAAUUCCUCAGAUUCAGACAGCAGACGGACAGCUGAGCUUCUCCACGUCCGGCGUGGAGGCAGCGACUCUGACUCAGGAUGCCACGGGGCAGAUUCAGAUCUUACCUGAUGGUAGCCAGAGUCUCAGUGUAUCAACUGCAAACAUCCUUAAUAACAACCAGAACCUCAUAUCACAGACUGGUAAUGUCCAGCAGAUCCAGGGGGUUUCUAUCGGCAGCUCCACCUUCAACAACCAGGGUCAGGUUGUUACUAAUGUGCCUGUGGGUUUGCCUGGGAACAUUACUUUUGUUCCUAUUAACAGUGUGGACUUGGACUCCCUCGGCCUGUCUGGUGCUCAGACUAUAGCAACAGGGGUCACUGCUGAUGGCCAGCUAAUUAUGGCGAGUCAUCACGUGGAUGGCUCAGAGAGUCUGGCGAAGACAGAUAAUCACCUCUCACAGACACUACAAGUAAAUGACUCGAAUGCAAAUCCCGAGAUAUAUGUGCCAACGUCUUCCUCUCAGCUACACAUUCCAGCAAACGAAUCAGGUCUGCUGACGCAAGACACAUCAACAGUGGCCACAGAGCAAGCUGACUCGAGUUCUGGUCUCCAGGAGGGCUUCAUCCAUCACAAUCAGGAGCAGAGCGUCCAGGUGUCCUCAACUCAGCCCAUCAUUCAGCUGCAGCAGGUGCCCAUUCAGACAACCAACGGUCAGGUGGUCCAGUCAGUGGCGACAGGUGGGCAAGGCCUGCAAAAUGUGCAGCUGAUCAACCCGGGAACCUUCAUCAUCCAAGCCCAGACGGUCACCCCGUCGGGUCAGAUACAGUGGCAGACCUUUCAGGUGCAAGGGGUGCAGAACCUGCAGAACCUCCAGUUGCCCACGACACCACCCCAGCAGAUAACGCUGGCUCCAGUACAGACCCUGUCGCUGGGUUCCAGUCCGGUCAGCAUCAGCACGGGGCAAAUCCCAAACCUGCAGACGGUGACGGUCAACUCAGUGGCCCAACAUGAAGGAGACCCAGACAACCCCGGAGACAUCCAGAUAAAGGAAGAGCCGGACUCUGGAGACUGGCAGCUGAGCACCGACUCCACCCUGAACACGAGCGAUCUGUCCCACCUUCGUGUCAGGAUGGUGGACGAGGAGGAUCAGCUGGGGCAGGAGGGCAAGAGGCUGCGCAGAGUGGCGUGUACUUGCCCCAACUGUAAAGAGUCGGGUGGGAGAGGAUCCAGCACGGGGAAAAAGAAGCAGCACAUCUGCCACAUCGCAGGCUGUGGGAAAGUAUACGGAAAGACGUCGCACCUGCGAGCGCACCUGCGCUGGCAUUCAGGGGAGCGACCUUUUGUUUGCAGCUGGAUGUUCUGCGGGAAGAGGUUCACACGCAGCGACGAGCUGCAGAGACACAGGAGAACACACACAGGAGAGAAGAAGUUUGUCUGCCCAGAAUGUUCCAAGCGCUUCAUGCGGAGCGACCACCUGGCGAAGCACAUUAAAACUCAUCAGAACAAAAAAGGCGUGAACUCUGGCGGCGCUGUGGUGGCCUCGAUGGAGUCCGCGGGAUCCUCAGACAGUAUCAUCACCACGGCGGGCGGAACCACCCUCAUCCUCACCAACAUCCAGCAGGGUUCCAGCAACGCCCAGGACAUCCUGGCCAACGCAGAGAUCCCUCUCCAGCUCGUCACCACAGUAGCGGCCAGCGAAGUCAUGGAGUGAUUUACGCUCCACUUAUGAACUUCUACAACCUCUCUCAUACUGUAUACUCCUACCUGCAUUUUUAUUCAAGUUUUGAAGAAAAGCUAAAAUUAUAAAUAUAUAAAUAUAUAUAUUUUAACACAGAGACAGUCGGUCCAUGUCGGUAACGGAGACUAAAAGAAGAUGAAGAUGGAAAAAGACAUUGCAGUAAACACACAAGGAAAUGCCUUAUUUUGUACAAUAUUAUGUUGUUGGAAAGGUAGGAUGCCAUUUUGCUUUGAAUCUACUAAUUUUGUUAUGUGUUUUUCACAAAAGAAUAUUGGUAAGUUGAGCAGUUUUCUCCUCGCCUCUUUUAGUUGUUGUUUUUUCUUGAUGGUAUAUCCUUACGAUGUCCUCGGUAAUCAAGGUUUGUUCCAUAUUCCUUUUGAGCAAAGACUGAAUCUCAUAACAGAGCUAAUUUUAUCCAGCUGAAGUAAUUGUUAUUGCUAUUGCUUACGUCCAUGCAAAUGAAUUGAUGUUAUGUCUUUUUUUGUUCUUAAAUAUUAUGCAUUAUUUUAUUAUUUUUUGGGGUAUGCGUGUCCUCCUUGCAGUCAGUCUGCUUGCAAAUUAGGGAGCCCUCCACCCUCCUUUUUAUUUUGAAAAACUUUUGCUCACAUCUCCGACAUUUUGCAGGCGAAAAUCAAAACAAUCAAAAUUUUAUAUUGUAAAUCCUUCUUGAACAUAUACUGUUGAUAUGAUACACGUUAUUUGCUUAUGAAAUAUUUUGACUGAACAGCUAUUUAUAUUGGGCUUUACAUAGAAAAUUCAUUUGUGAUAUUAGAGGUCCCAAAUAUUUCAAAUGGCUUCAUUAUAUGUAAUUCAAAUGUGUUUUUUUCUAAAAACUUUUUUGGAGGACUUCAAAACAAACAAACAAAAAAAAAACUGAAGAAUAACUUGUUGAUAUGUGAUGCGAAGAGAAAAAUAAGCCAUUAUUUUGGAAGGUAAUUGCCAAAUUUGACUAUAAACUCAGGGUGACUUGUGACUGUGUGAUAUAAGUAGAGUUAAAUCACCCCUGUAGCUUCUCGGGCCAUGGUGUGAAGGUGUUGUGAAGAAAUGUUUUCUGAUGGACCAAAAGCUGAGGUGAAAUAAGCUGUCACCAUGUUACCUAUGCUCGUCGAAUCCCACCAUGUUGUUUGUUUGUUUGCUGUUUGUUUUUUUACGAUAAGGACGACCUCCCUCUUCCUCUCCCUCUCCCUCCCUCGUUCAUGUUAUAGAAACAGCUUUGCAGAAUCUCUCACCUCCAUCAGUCCUCAUCACGCAGUUGGAAAAAUCAGUGUAUUACUGAAAGCGGUACUCUUUUUAACAGCACUGUUCUCAUCACUUUCAUCUUGUUGUUAAUCCUUUUUUGUAUAAAAAGAAAAAAAAUGUUUUGUAUUCUCCCCAAGAGACUGUCCUUUAUAAUCAUCGUCAGUAAAUGUACAAUGUUUCUGUCUUCGUGUUGAUACUUUUAACUGUAUGUUGCAUUUCCCUGUUCCAUGUUAUGUGUUUUGUUUUGUUUUUAUUUUAUCUCUGAACUCCAACUGAUGAGUUGUUCAAAUGAAUACACACACACACACUGAACAGUGAAUUAUAGUGUCAUAUUUGAUUUGAUUAUACUUUUACCCUCUGAGUCGGAUAGCAGGAUGCUGUUUAAACAUUCAAAGAGCAUCUUUAUAUUAUGUACUAAACACUGAAGGUUUAUUCUCACUCGAAAAUCUUCUGUAUAAAUAUGUCAAUAUAACAUCAAUAUAAACAUUUCUGUUACACUUGAA